AUGCGCCCCUUUAAUAUUCCGGCAAGAUAUAAAGUGUCUGCACAAAGUGUUUGAGAAGAAAUAAAUAACGCGUUAAUCAAGUGCUAUUAACCGAUCAGUGAGAAACGUACAUGGUGCACUUUUUUCUUCUUUGCCUCUUCUAUUUGUCUGUCUCUCUUUAUUUUCCUAAUCCUCAAAUAACCCUUAAAUAAAUUACAAGUGUCCAAUCCUUAUCAUGGAUGAGUAAAAAAUAAAAAAAAUUAAAAAAAACCAUUAAAUCAAUCCUCUCGAUUGUCUCUUAAUCUCAUUUGAAAUCUAUCGAUUUGAAUAAUCCCUAAGUGCAAGGAAAAAUAUACAAAAUGGACGAAAAUCUCAGUCGUGGAUACGUGCAAUUAGGAAAAGCAAGAGGGAUGAACGAGUUUAAAUUUUCUAAUGGAUUCACGCAUCUUUCACCGCCGGUUGACAAAUGCAAUUUCAUCUAUAUGGCCUUGAUACUUGGUGGCAUAGGCUUCUUAUUACCUUACAACAGCUUUAUAAUCGCUGUGGAUUACUUUCAAACGAGAUACCCUGGCACGACGGUAAUAUUCGACAUGUCAGUCGUUUAUAUUACAAUGGCCUUUUUUGCAGUAUUUGCUAAUAAUAUUUUAGUUGAAACAUUGUCCCUGAACAUGCGAAUUACUUUUGGCUACUUGGUCUCGUUCGUUACAUUAAAUUUUGUUGUUAUAUGCGAAAUUUGGUGGGAAGUAUUUGGUGCUGGUACUUCUUACAAUAUCAAUUUAAUAGCUGUGGCUAUUGUCUCACUUGGAUGUACAGUUCAACAAUCGAGCUUUUAUGGAUAUACUUCAAUGCUUCCUAGUCGGUAUACUCAAGCUGUUAUGACUGGAGAGAGUGUUGCUGGAUUUUGGGUGUCGAUUAAUCGAAUUAUGACGAAAUCAUUGUUGAAAGAUGAGCGUGGUAAUACGUCGAUGUUUUUCGUAUUGUCUAAUUUGACAAUACUAAUGUGUUUCGUGUUACAUCAAGUGGUACGAAAGACAGAUUUUGUACAAUUCUACAUAACACUAUGCCAAGAGAGAAAUCGCAUUACAUUGGAACCAACGGAGGACGUUGGCCUGAUGGAUCCGCUUGAUCAGGUGGGUGACCCAACUAAAGGUCAAUAUGGAAUAUUGAAGAUACAAACUAGUCCGCUGGGAACUGAUUCUGCCAGUGCAAGUACAGAUCUUAAUGGUACUGGGCAAUACUCGGCAUUCUCUUUUAGUAAUCCUGUUUAUGAGCCCAGUGCACCAUCUGGAAAUCCACCAGGAAGUGCUGGUCCAACUUACAAAGUUGAAGACGUUGUGGUAAUGAGAGGAUCUUAUGCUAAUCAAAAUAGCAAACCUUGGUCUGGUAUUAAAAGAGGAUUAUUAGCGAGAUACGAAGUCUCUAAACUAAUCUUCCCAUACAUGGCUAGUAUCGGAGUUGCAUAUUUCGUAACUCUUUGCUUAUAUCCAGGAAUAGUGUCGGAAAUUGUAUCUUGCAAAUUUGAAUCAUGGAUGCCAGUUAUUUUGAUGACAGCUUUCAACGUUUCAGAUCUCUUUGGCAAGUUAUUAGCAACUAUACCAUACCAGUGGAAACGUACUCACUUGCUCUACUUUUCAAGUGCAAGGAUAAUACUAAUUCCUUUAUUUUUGUUAUGCGCUAUACCCAGAAGCGCUCCUAUUUUAUCAGACGAAUGUUAUCCAUUAGUAUUCUCCUGGCUGCUUGGUUUAACAAAUGGUAUAGUUGGAAGUAUACCAAUGAUCCAGGCACCUAGUAAAGUACCAGAGGAACAUCGCGAGCUUGCAGGUAAUAUAAUGACUUUGUCUUAUAUAACGGGCUUGACAAUUGGCUCGUUGGUAGCAUAUUUAAUGGAUGCUUGUUUCGGUCCUCCCUUCCAAACUAAAUAUUUAUGCCCGAAAUCAUGGAAACUAUCGACGACACCAUUAACUAACACAACCUUAAAUAUUAUAACAAACGUCAUGUCUUCCACUUUACCUACCAUAGAGAAAUCAACAACGAUAUCGAAAUUACAAACUCAUUCUAUUCUCACAACUGUCUUGACAAGUACUAUUUUAGCCAAUAGCACAAUUUUCACGGACUUUUCAACGACGAUCUCACCGAAAACUUUGGCCAAUAUUACGACCUCGGUCAGUAAUGCAAUUUCCCAACACUAAAACGCACAUGUUGUGUACCGUGUCGAAUCUGGUGCUAUUCAUUCUUUUGAAUAAUUAUGCCUCUAUAAAACGAAGGAGAUUCUUUUAAAAAUAUAAGGCGAGAAAAGAUCUAAAAUCUCUACACGAUCGUUUCGAUAUUUUUCACACUUUCUUUUUCCUUAAAAUCAUUUUUUUCAUUAUUGACUAACAAAACAAAAAUAUCAAUAAUUUCGUAAUAAUUAUUUUUUAAAUAUAACACCAGAUUGAAUACACGCACACGCAAAGUGUCAACAAAAUCAAAUUCUUUGAGAUGUCAUUAUCCUACCAUAGGUUUAUAGAAUUUUGUUUGGGUCUAUUAAAAGCCAGAGAUUAAACCUAAAUAAAUAUUGAACACAAUAUUUUAACAACAUGGACAAUGAAACGAAAAGUAUGAUUCAUGGACAUUUGUUUCUUCCAGUAAAAAAUUCGUUUUCUUUUUGAAAAAACAAAUUAUAUAGUUCAUGCAGUAAUUAAUUUGAAUUUGUUAAUACAUUGUUAACACGUUGAAUACUAUUUGAAUUUAAUUUCAAAGUGUUUUUAAUAAGAUCGAUUAAAUAGUAGUUAUUAAUUUUAUUGUUAAUUGUUAUUUAAUAGAUAACAUUUGUUAAUGAAAUAAAAUAUUGUUAAUAGACGUGUGAAAUUUGUAAACUCCUGAUCAGUAGGCAAAAUGUAUGCAUUUAUAUUUUACAUUUUACAAUUAGUUUGUAAAGCGAGGGGGACAUUGAAUGCGCAAAUAACUCGUCGACGAGUUUCGAAUUCGCAAAUAUAAUACAAUAAUAGUAAUAAUUAAAGAAAAGAAAAAGAAAGAAAAAAAAAAAAGCAAAAUCUCUUCACGUGUUAGAUCGCAUUAAAUGAAAAAAUAAAAAAAGCAUAUCAUCGAAAUAAUUAGAGAGAAAAGAAGAUCCUGGAAGUAUAUCCUCGGUUAAGUACUCUAUAAGUUAACAAAUGGUUGUUUCAAAUUGAUCAUCGUUGUUGGAGUUGCCUGGAACCACGAAUAAAAAUAAAAAGACAAGAAAAAAUAGAACAAAUUCGAAAUAAAUAGAAUAAAAUGUUAGCGUUCCUGGCAGCUCUAACGUCAAUUCGUGGACUGUUAGAUAGAAUGCUUACAAAUAAAUUAAUUAAGAAAAAUGUAUAAUUAUGAUACAGUGGUAUUAUGUACGAAAUUGUUACAUGUCUUUAUGUGAACGAUAGUUGGCUCCCUCUCUUUCUAUAUCUCUCUUUCUCUUUCUCUCUCUCUCAUAUAAGUAACGAUGUAUGUAAAACUUCGAAGUUUAUAUUGUGUGAAGAAAAAAAAAAAAACAAC